UUUUUAUGUUUAAAGUGCACGUUUCUCUUCUCAACGGGCUGCGCAAUAAUUAUUUUAUGACAAAAUUCGAUUAAUAUCGGUUGACUAAUGCGUAAAAUUACGCAGUUCGAUAAGAAAGUAUGGCACUUGUGGAAAUAUCAUUUACAUUUGCCAGGCGAGGAUUGCGAUAUAUAUUCGAUAUGGAAUUUUCGUCCCGAAGCCACAUGGAGGACAGUGAAGAAGUUUUUUGGUGAAAGUGCUUCUUGUAAGGCUCAUUGGUUCCCCAUCGUUUAUUGGACCGUCCUCGCACUUAGUAUUAUGGGUUCAAUCUACAGUGCAAGUGAGUUUGCUCGCUUAUUUUUGGGUAAUCGCAAACAAGUGACGAUGUGGCGAAGGCGAACAUAUUAUGUACUACCGUAUUCAGUGUUAAGAAAAUGCCGACUUGUGGGCGCUUUGAUUAUGCUUAAUGUCUGGCUCCUCUUGUUCUACGCAAUUAUUAAUGUCUCUUCCGUUCUUAUGAUGCCCUGGUUAAUCAUAAAAUUGUUUACAUUGGGCCUGGAGUUUGUCUAUUGGUUACUCGAAAUGUUAUUUGGAUCUAAUGAAGUGGACGCAAGUGCGGCAAUAUCAUUUUUAUUGCCCGUAAUAACAUAUCAGUGUGUACGUUGUGUGUACAACAUAUUUCUGAAAGCAGUUGAAUUGAAUGACAUUGAAAAUUUACUUUUAUGGAAACGUUGAAAAUGAUCGGAAUCUCUUUGGAAAAACAAUUAAAUAAAUUUAUAUAUAUCUGCAUAAUGUUCUUAUGAUAAUGGCUGAUAACCACCCGCCCCCACCGUUGCAUACUGGUAGGAAGGACAUUUCUAUUCAGAAAAUUUAAAAACUAAAUUGAAAGAAAUUGAAUUUAAAAAAAAAAAAAUA